AUGAAGAUCGCUGGCUUCCUGUGUAUCGCUUUGGCCGGAAUUACUACGGUCGUAGACCAUGCAACGGCCAAGGAAGCUGGAUAUGUCGCUAAGCCGUUGAAAUCAUGCCCGAGCUUCAGGCAGAUCAAUCACGACGACAUACGACCGUUUCACCAGCCUACCGCCGUUACGCUCGAUGAAAAGGCUGCCGUCAAAUUCAAACCGAGACUCACAAUUAGUCCGCAUCUAUGCUACAUGUACCCUGCAGUAAGCCAAGAGGGUUAUGUCAGCGGUGGGCUUAAGCCUACCGGACUCACUGACGGUCAAUGCAAGGGAAAUCGCUAUGGGUCUCAAGUUUAUGGGCGUGCAGCUUGGUACAAAGGAAAAUAUGCUAUCAUGUACGCAUACUACUCGCCAAAAGAGGAAAUACCUGAUAAUGAUGGCAAGGAGAGUGAAUAUAAUCACCGUCACGGCUGGCAGACUGUUACCGUGUGGAUCAACAAUCCUGCUAUCAAAGACCCGAAGAUCUUGGGUGUGUCGAUGACGAAAUCCUCCGUAUUCGUGAGCCAAAGUCUUCUAGGACCCUUCACAGUGGAUGGCACGGCUGUAAAAGUCAGGUAUUAUAGGGACGUGUCUCCCAAUCACAUGUACGCCAAUUAUGGACUCGAACCUACCGACGUAGUAGGUGGCUUUCAGGACCUUAUCUUGUGGCAUCAGCUUACGGAAAAGGCUCGGUGUGCCUUAAAUCUAAUGGAUUGGGGUAACGGGGUGAAAAUGCUCAUCAACGAUGACAACUUUCGGAACUCCCUGAAAGAAGCGUACCCUUUUAAGUGA